AUGGCGUCGUGGAUGUUUGGGACCUUCCUGGCCAACAUGAAACUUGCAUACGAGAGCCGCGUGGAUACCGUUUUCGAAGGUCCCAAACUAAAGCAAGUUUGGGUGGACAUUGAGCACAAGUGCUGGGAGACGUACUUGGAAGAGGCCAACGAUGACUUCAAAGGAGUCCAUCCGUACUUGAAGCUGAAGAAGGAGGUCAGCCACUGCAAGGCUGUGAUCAAAGAGGACACGCGACGAGAAGUUUUGCAGGAUUGCACCCAGCGGAUCGUAGAUCUGGCGAAAGAGUGCAGUGCCAGCAGGCGAGUGCCUCAGCAUGCCUCAGCUACACGGCUUGUGCUUCUUUUGUUCAUUCCGGGCGACGACCUGCCGGUAUCGAUAUCAAUACACACAAGUGGGUUGCAUGGCAGGGUGGCUCACGAAGUGUCGCUUCAUCGCUUUGGAAGCACGAAGCUUCGAGUGCACCGAAGUUUCCUCAGGAAUUGUUUUUUUGGAGCCAACGUGCACAAGCGCUCAAAAUGCUCGUGA